AUGGGGAAGAGAGGAAGGUCUUGUAUUGUGGUACUUGGAGAUCUUGGUCGAAGUCCUCGGAUGCAAUAUCAUGCUCUUUCUCUUGCUCGUCAGGCAUCAUUUCAAGUGGACAUUGUUGCAUAUGGAGGUUCUAUACCCCAUGAAGCUGUUUUAAACCACCCAUCAAUCCACAUCCAUACCAUGGCACAGCCUCGAUUCAUUCAACUCUUGCCAAAGAUACUUUAUCCUGUGACUCUCUUGCUCAAGGCAUUUAUUCAGUUUACCAUGCUUCUAUGGUUUCUUUUCGUCAAAGUACCAGCACCUGAUAUCUUCUUAGUCCAGAAUCCUCCAUCCGUCCCAACGCUAAUUGCUGUUAAGUGGGCAAGUUCAUGGAGGCGUGCAGCGUUUGUUGUAGAUUGGCAUAAUUUUGGAUAUACAUUGUUGGCAUUGUCUUUAGGAAGAAACAAUGUGUUUGUAACGUUAUACUGCUGGUUUGAGAAGCAUUAUGGAAAGAUGGCAACAGGAUCGCUAUGUGUGACAAAAGCCAUGCAACAUGAACUGGAUCAGAAUUGGGGAGUGAGAGCCAAAGUUUUGUAUGAUCAGCCUCCUGAGUUUUUCCGCCCCGCUUUGCUUGAAGAAAGGCACGAGUUGUUUUGCCGAGUGAAGAAAGAUCUUUGCCAUCCAGUUGGUGUCUACGAUAUCAUCAGUGGAGAAUUGGAGAAGCAAGAGCUGAAUGAAACCCUUUUUACCACUAAAAUCAAUGACAGUAUUUCCCUUAAGGUGAAUAGACCAGCUCUUGUUGUGAGUAGUACAAGCUGGACCUCUGAUGAAGAUUUUGGUAUUCUAUUGGAAGCUGCGGUGAUGUAUGACCGGCGUGUUGAUGCAAGAUCGAAAGGAAAUGAUGUAGGCGAAAUUUCAGAAGAGCAACACCGCUACCCCAACUUGGUAUUCAUCAUUACAGGUAAAGGACCUGAAAAGGAGAAGUACGAGGAGAAAAUCAAACGGUUAAACCUCAAACAUGUGGCAUUCCGAACAAUGUGGCUCGCAGCUGAAGAUUACCCAUUGUUAUUAGGUUCUGCAGAUCUCGGUGUUUGCUUACACACUUCCUCAUCGGGUUUAGACCUUCCCAUGAAGGUUGUUGAUAUGUUUGGAUGUGGCCUCCCAGUUUGCUCAGUUUCCUACUCAUGCAUUCACGAACUCGUUAAAGAUGGGAAGAAUGGACUCUUGUUUUCAUCUUCAUCGGAAUUAGCAGAUCAAUUACUGAUUCUCUUUAAGGGAUUUCCCGCGAACUGCGAUGCACUUAUGUUGCUUAAAGCGGGUGCAAUGGAUACUGGUUCUUCGGGUCGAUGGGCUACAGAAUGGGAAGAUUGUCGUGUCACUAAUAGCUGA